AUGCUGACACAGGUUAGGAAAUCUUGGAAGCCCGCUCUGACUGUGGCCCUGGUCUUCAUUGCUUGGACCGUGUCCACCUUUAUAUGUCAUAAAAGUGGCAAACUUUUUCUGCUGUUGUCCGAGGAAAUAUUGCAAGUUCAGGAGGGUGACCACCACUUCUACAGUCCCUUGAUUCGGCGCUUUUGUUUGGCGUUUAUUCUCACGGCAGUGCAGGUCAGUUCCGCCAAGGUGAUAGAUUUGUUAAAUGUGCUGUCUACGUUUAAACAACAAACAAAUGAAACUCGUUGUUUAUGGUUGCAGGCGGCUUCAACAUUGGCCAUCAAACUAACAGAACCGGUGACAAUGGCUAUAGGACACCACCUGGUCACCAGAACUGGCAUGCCUUUACAAACAGCAAUCAGCAUCCCAAUCAUUAUAUCUGGAGCUGUUGUCUUUACAGAUAUCACUGUCCAACACAACUUUAACAACAUCACAGGGGCGCUUCUGGCAUUUGCCUCCAACGUCAUCCUUACUGUGCGGAACCUGGCGCUCAAGCACAUCCAGAAUGCUUCCAAUGAACAUGCACCAAUGACCAUCAAGCCAGGUUCACACAUCAAACUGGUUGUUCUAGCUGAGGUCGGACUUGUGGGACUGGUUGCAUACCUCCAGACGAUUCAAGUGGUUACAAGGAACGUCUGGACGCUGCUGGCUUUAUGCUUAACCUCUGGGGUUUUCCACGUCGUGUACUCCUACAUUUCUACCAACGUUGUCUUGAAGGUGAUGAAUGUGGUCAGCCACUCAAUAGCCAACAUUUUCAAGCGGUUCCUUGUAGUACUACUGCUGUAUAUGGGUGGCAACCGCCAGAUUACAGCCAUGAACUUCUUUGGUUUGUGCAUGUCUUUGGCUGGUGAAAGAGUCAAAGGUCAGAGCGGGAAAACAAAGACGUACCUGGCUAUUGGACUUCUGGCUCUGAUCUCAAUGUUAGUGAUAGGCUCAACUAUACGACCUGAAUUAUUGACAUUGUCUCACUCAGCAACAGAGAGUGUCGCUAGCAGCACGUUCAGAGAAAGCUACGGCUGGGGAGAAAACCACAUUUUCUCUGCUGACUUCUCCCACAUUCUGAAAGAGGAAACAGAUCCUGAUAUGAGGAAGUUUCUCACAAGACGUCUGGUUGAAAUCCCGGAAGAUACGGACCGGAGGGCCAAAAUGUUAACCAGCAAUAAACAAGUCAUUGAAGAAGAGCAACGCAUCCUUGUGAAUCUAUUACAGGAUCUUUUGGGAAAAGCCAAAUAUGCGAUGUUGAUAGAUAUUCCGGAUUACGAUAACAAAGGAGAUUCGGCAGUCUCAUUUGGUGAGAUUUUGCUGCUCCGAAAGGUUGAAUAUCACUCCCGUGAGAUCAAUAAAAAAUACGUUAAAGAAGAACUGGUGGUUUUCUUGCAAGGUGGCGGAAACUUGGUUGGAUAUAACUACUUUGAUACUGUUCGUGAACAAUAUAUAUCUAUGUUUCCUGAUAGAAGAGUUAUCCUAUUUUCUCAAAGCAUUUGGCUGCGUGGAGGUAAUCUACACGAACUGAAAUACCCACUCGUGUAUACUCCAAUCGAACAAAUUUCAAAGGGAGUUCAAUUAAUUCUAGCACCGGACAUGGCGUUUUGUAUCGGAAUUGUGCCUCGACAGCUGCCUCCAAUCUACGACAUUGUUUGGCUGAAAAGAUCUGACGACGAAUCGACAAAAUAUGUUGUUCCAUCGUUUCCGCCAAACAUUUCAGUGGAUGUUAACGACUGGGUUGACUGGAAAUCGAAUUUUGGAAAAACAGCUAUAGAAAACGUUUUCCUUCGGACAUACGAAGCUUUCCAGUUUCUUCAGCGGGGACGUGUUGUCGUUACCGAUCGCCUUCAUGGUCAUAUUUUAUCAACAUUAAUGAACAUUCCGCAUGUCCUUAUUGACAAUCCGCCGUACCUGAAGUUAUCCUCGUUUGACAAAUCAUGGACAGCGAGUCUACGGAACACCAGGUUGGUCAGUAAUGGGAGUCAGGCAUUGAGUGCUGCAAUGGAACUACUAAGAACGUAUCAUAAUUCAUUACCUCCCGUAGGAUUUAGGGAUGUGUCAGCGGAAUCACAUACAGGUGUUACAAAAUAA